UAGUUAAAUCAUCUGUUCAGCUGGUUGCCGAGGUCAACAAGACUUUUAUUGUACUUUGGGCGGCGCUGAGAUAACGAAAACGAAGUGUGUUUAAUUAUUAACAAAUAACAAGAAAAAGAAAUUAUUUAUUGGUGUCAUCGUUCAGUAGUAUGACGGGAACAGUUUAGCAAGUGAAUUAUCUGCGUUAUCGAACAAAAUGGGAAGAUUUAAGUAUACUCAAGACGGCGGUAUUUUAACAAACGAACAACGCCAGUUUUAUGAAGAUAAUGGUUAUAUUGUGAUAAGGAACAAUGUUAGUCAUGCCUUACUGGAUGAAAUUGAAGAUAGAUUUAUCAAAAUAUGUAACAAAGAAACUGACCCAGGAUUUAUGACUGUUAUGAAAGACCCCUCGCUAAAAGGGAAGGGAGUUAAGGGGCAAUUUUUAAUAAAUAAGAUCCAAGAUUUUCUUUUCGAUGAAGUUCUUUUUAAAUAUUGCUGCAAUAAAUCGGUAGUUGAUGUUAUUGAGAGUAUAAUUGGUCCUAACAUUACGGGGGCCCAUUCUAUGCUAAUAAACAAACCCCCAGAUGCUGAUCCAAGUGCUUCUUUGCAUCCUCUGCAUCAAGAUCUUCACUAUUUUCCGUUUAGACCAGCAGACCGAAUUGCAGCAUCAUGGACUGCAAUGGAGAGAGUUGAUGAAAAUAAUGGUUGUCUUUACGUAAUUCCUGGAAGUCAUAAAUGGGAAUUAUACCCUCAUACAUAUCCUGAAGGUUACAAAAAUCGUUUGUAUCACGGAGUACAAGGCUUUGAUCAUUUACCAAAAUUGCAUGUUGUAAUGGAAAAAGGUGAUACAGUGUUUUUCCAUCCAAUUCUUUUGCACGGAUCGGGACCCAAUCGGACAAAAGGUUUUAGAAAAGCUGUAUCUUGUCACUACGCUGACAGUAAUUGCUACUUUAUUGAUGUCAGAGGCACUCUACAGGAAAAUAUUGCUAUUGAGAUUGAAUCAGUAGCAGCGAAAAAGGGGGCUCCUAUUAAAUUUGUCGAACUUUGGAAGGCUAAAAGCCGUUUAGUUAGGGGAACACCUGGAAAUUUCCAAAACUUAGACAGCCAUUUGUGAAAAAAUCAGAACAAAUUGUGAGUUUAGGGUUAGUACUUGCAAUAAUUGUAAAUUUUGUAUAAAGUAUAAUCAAAAUUUUAUAUUUUUAAAUGUGAAAAUAAAGUAUCAACAUUUGACGAUGA